AUGCAAAAUCAAUCUAACGAAUAUUUAAAUAAUCCAUGGGAAACAACAUGCUUUGUAUUUCAAUAUUCAUAUAAUUCGCAUCCAUGUUAUUCUUGUACUAAUUCAAAUUGUAAUAAAUCAAUUUGUUAUGAUGAAAAAAUUGAAGUUAGUUAUUCUAUAUUUAAUGGAACAGAAAUUCAAAGUACUAUUAUGAUCAAAGAUAAUCCAACCAAACAUCAUAUUCAAGUUGGAUAUAAAUAUACAUGUUAUUAUGAUCGAAUAAUUAAUUUAAAAUCAGUUCAAUUAGACUAUAUGUAUUCAAAGUCUCAAACUUCAAUAAUUAUUAUUGGUAUUGUUUUAAUCAUGAUUGGUUUAAUAAUGCUUAUCAUUUUGUCUACUUAUAUUUUACUUGUUGAAAGACCUCGUGUAAUACAAAUGAAAAGAAGAAAUCAAAUGAUAAGAAAUUUAUCUGGUGAACAUAAAUAUGAAAUUUAA